AUGCGAGGCACUAAUCUCUAUCCCUCUAUCAUUCGGGACGAUGUUAGACCCAACAUCCACGAUUCUCAAACGCGUCUACAAAGAGUUCCAGCGGUCGCAGCGUUUGCCAACAAGUUUGAAUUCAAGAAAGAAGCCCUCCGCAGCUACGUGCACUCCCCUAGGGCCUUGGUCAAUACGGGCAUCACGGUAGCCAUGAGGGGCGACUAUCCAACCCUGGACUUGCAGCAUCUCGUCCGCCAGGUGUCAGUGGCUCAUCAUUACUGCUUCACAGAGCUGGGAGUCCUCGCCUUUGCAACCCCAUUCUUGCUAGGCUGUCGGGCUGGAUCAUCGCAUUGGUCUACAUUGACGGAAUUGCAAAAGUCGGAAAUGCGGACCAAUAGUGGUAAUGAACAAAGCGAGCCUCCUAAAUUCAAGGACCUAUUGAAUCUGGAAGUUCCCAAGGUCAAGGAUGACGCUGAGGAGUGGAACAACGAGAACAAGCUAUCCGUUGUUAUUAGAAGCGGCGAGUUUGUGUGCACAGGUUAUUGUAAGCUCCAGGUUGCAGCAUUAGAGAAAAGCAAGAAGGAGGUCUCAACUUACAGUCUUAGCGACAAGGGCGUUGUCGUGCCAUUGCUCCUCAGUUUGUGCUCCUGA